ACGCCAAUAAAAGUUUUGAUGUUGGUUUAAUUAGAUAAACAAAUUGUUUUCAGACAGGAUUAAUUAAUGAAGCGAUUGUUUUGAACUAUCAGCAGAAAUACAGCAGCUUAACACAGUAUGGCGGCAACUGGUAGAAGACGAAGUGUUAAAGGCUAUUCCACGAAUACAAUGGCACUGAGUCAACGAGUUGUGAUAAACGUUGGCGGUCAACGUUUUCAGACGUAUUUUGGCACACUCACUGCUAUAGAACAUACACGGUUAUGUUGGUUGGCCCAGAAACAUCCAUUCUCGCCCGAGUACGAUCACGCAAAUAAAGAAUAUUUCUUUGAUCGUAAUUCUGUGAUAUUCAACGAAGUGUUAAAUUAUUACCGCACGGGACAACUCCACUGCCCAACUCAUAUUUGUGCCUCGCAGUUUGCGGAGGAGCUGGCCUUUUGGGGAAUCAAUACACACAACAUGGAGUCGUGUUGUUGGGUACACUACAAGAAUCAAAUAAAAAAUGAAAAGUCUUUACAGUCGUGUGCUAAGGAAAAACAAGAAAAUACAGAAUCAGCAGUAAUUGACGUCCAUCAAAGAAGUUCGCAAGCUUCAACUGAAGCUUGUGUUGAUAAAGUUGCUGUUAUGUGGAAGAAGUACAAGAAAAUAGCUUGGACAGUUUUGGAAAAGCCGAACUCAACAACCGCAUCGAAGGUUUUCGCAGUGUUUUCUAGUAUCUUCAUCAUGUUAAUGUUGCUACAGUUUUGUCUGCGUAGCUUGCCUCGAUUUCUUGACGACGUGGCCAGUGUGUACAUACUCGACAAAAUCUUUGAAAUAUCUUCUCUUUAUUUCACACUAGAAUUUCUCGUUCGAGUCCUCUUUUGUCCCAGUAAAAUUAAAUUCCUCAAAUCGUUUAUGAACUGGAUAGACUUUGUAACACUACUUCCGUAUUUUUUAAGUUUCUUAUUAGAAGAUACAAGAACAGUUUGGCUUAUCCCGCUCAAAACAAUUCGUUUAUAUCGACUGUUUAGUCUUUCAAUAUCAUUUCAAAUUAUGCUCAAGGCAAUUCUGGCAAGUGUCAAUGAGCUUAUUCUUGGCUUAGGAACUAUAAUUAUUCCAGUGAUCAUGUUCUCGUGUUUUAUCUACCUUGCUGAAAGAGAUGCGAAUUCGGAGAUGUUCGGCAAUGCUCCGGAAUCAUUUUGGUGGGCUAUCGUAACCAUGACAACAUUAGGUUAUGGAGAUAAGGUUCCAGUCACCGGACUAGGCAAGUUGAUUGGGGUCACCUGUGCACUAUGCGGUGUUGUUAUCAUAGCGCUGCCGAUAUCUGUUGUGGGAAAUAAUUUUUAUUUUCUCUACACUCAAGCUCGUACCCGAAAAAAGAAACCUUCGAAAGAAACUAUCGCCUCAGCCGUAGCACAUAUACCAUUGAUUAACCUUAGAGUGUUAGGAUCAGCCGCUGAUGCUAGUGAUAGCGGGCCUCAGAAUGAGAAUGACGUAGAUGAUGACGAUGAUGAAGAUAUUGUGUUUCGUGACGUAUCAAGGAAUAGUUUGCCUAAAACUCGACGCAAGCUUGUUACAAUCUCAUAAUAACGACCGCUUUGCCUCCCGACCACUUGGCAAGAACGUAUGCCAUUGAAACAAAGAAAUAAGUUACGAUAUUUUCAAAAAAUCUUGAUCAAACGAGAACAGAAGUCCAUUGCAAGUUGGCAGGAACAUUUUCUCAAUCUGACGAGCUCAACUUCCCAAUUGUAUUUGAAGUCGAUACGACUUUGAGAGUGGCCGAACUGAACUCCGAAGUUUCGUCCAGUCAAACAAAACUGUUCAAAUUUCAGGUGUCUAAACUUGUCUUGUGUAAACGGAGUCCACAGCACCAGAGCAUUCAUAAUCAUCGAUCGUUCCUUUACAUGCCCAUGCCACCGUUUAAAUACUAUUUCACUAUCUUAGGCCGACAAUGGCUGUUUUAGACCUCCAGAUCGAGUAAGCUGUAAGCCUGACUUCGCCACAUUUGACGUUAGAAAUCCUGGGGGACAUUUCUCGGAAAGGAAUGCGAAUAAGGACUGUAAAAAUAUUAAAGCCGUGAUUAUAUACAUGCAUGCAUGUGCAAAAUUUGAAUAAAAAGGUUGCAUGUGCGUUACAAAGCUUUAAUUGCUAAUAAAAAAACUUUAAGUAUACUUUAGGAAUAGU